AACAACCAUUGCAAAUUUGCAAUAUUGCAUAGUGCCGUGACUGCCGUCACCUACGGCUUUCACAGCACUAACACUCCCAAGUCCCAAGUCCCAAUUCCCAAAUCGAAGCUGCUCUCUGCCUCUCCGGCCUCCGCCAGUCCGCCGCGCUCUACGUCUCCUGUUGGCUGUGUCCUGCCGUGCUGGUUCAUCUCUGCCGAGUGUCGAAGACGAAGCACCAAGAUCUCACUAGUUCAUCGCUGGUUCAUCACUGCUCAUCUCUGGCUCACUUAGGUGUGUGUGUCUUCUAUAUAUAGAACGAAGCUCCGAAAACAAAGAAAGCAAAGACCAAACUCCCCAACCAAAUCGGAACUCCGCCCAAUUUAGCCUUGCAACCAUGUACGGCGGAGAUGAGGUAUCAGCUAUAGUGGUGGACUUAGGCUCACACACUUGCAAAGCUGGUUAUGCUGGCGAAGAUGCUCCCAAAGCCGUCUUUCCUUCGGUUGUUGGAUCAAUUGAUCAAAUGGAAGUUGAUGAGCCGGAUAAUCCAGACAAGAAUUCUGGAUCUGUUCCAGAUUCUAAAUCCAAGGCUAAGCGAAAGUUAUACGUAGGAUCCCAAGCCUUGGGAUUCCGCCGGGAUCACAUGGAGGUCCUAUCUCCAAUUAAGGAUGGGAUAGUUGCUGAUUGGGAAAUUGUUGAAAGCAUAUGGGAUCAUGCCUUCAAGGAAUGCCUCUUGAUUGAUCCUAAGGAGCAUCCCAUGCUGCUUGCUGAGCCAUGUGCUAAUUCUCAACAGCAGAGAGAAAAGUCAGCAGAGAUUAUGUUUGAAAAGUACCAGGUUCCGGCAUUGUUCUUGGCUAAAAAUGCAGUUCUUACGUCCUUUGCAUCUGGACGUGCAACCUCUUUAGUUGUUGAUAGUGGCGGAGGAUCAACUACAGUUGCUCCCGUACAUGAUGGAUAUGUACUUCAAAAGGCCGUGGCAACAUCUCCUAUUGGCGGAGAAUUCCUUACUGAUUGCUUGAUGAAAAGUUUGGAAAGCAAAGGCAUUACUAUAAAACCUCGCUACGCAUUCAAAAGAAAGGACAUUCGGCCUGGAGAAUUUCAGACAGUAGAUCUUGAUUUUCCAAAUACAACUGAGAGUUACAAACUCUAUUGCCAGAGAGUAAUUGCUAGUGAUAUCAAAGAAUGUGUAUGUCGAGCUCCUGAUACUCCAUAUGAUGAUAGUUCAUACUCGAACAUACCAAUGACAUCUUAUGAGCUUCCUGAUGGACAGACAAUAGAAAUUGGAGCCGACAGAUUCAAGGCACCUGAUAUUCUUUUCAACCCAUCCUUGGCUCAGACUAUUCCUGGUAUGGAGAAUUUUGCCGAGACUGCUUCUUCUGUUCGUGGCCUGCCACAAAUGGUCUUGGAGAGCAUAAAUAAGUGUGAUGUGGAUAUUAGGAGAGAACUCUUCAGCAGUAUACUGCUUGCUGGUGGCACUGCAUCCAUGCAACAGUUAAAGGAACGUCUGGAGAAAGAUUUGCUAGAGGAAUCUCCUCAAGCAGCUAGAGUGAAAGUUUUGGCAAGUGGAAAUGCAACGGAAAGGAGAUUCAGUGUUUGGAUAGGUGGGAGUAUAUUGGCGUCACUUGGUUCCUUUCAGCAAAUGUGGUUUUCAAAAUCUGAGUUCGAGGAACAUGGAGCUUCUUAUGUUCAAAGAAAAUGCCCGUAAGGAACUUUACUGGUGCGGUCAAUUAUCACAUUAGAUAGACAGAAAUUCAUGGAGCUGACUUCACUUCGAUUAGUUUGCUGACGGUAUGGGUUGUUCGGUUUUAAUAUCCUGCUCUAUAGGAGUCCAAACAACAAUGUACUAUAUAUGUAUUGUACCUAUCGUUGCUAAUGUUGUACAAUUACGUUACGUACUGGGGAUUGUAAUAUACUCCGUACUAGGCUCGUGUAGCAACAUUAUUGACUUGCUAUCUAAGUCACCGUGAAGAAUUUUACGAUCGCUGACAUUUUAAAACU